CGGCUUAGAAUUUGGUGAAAUAAUUGUAUUUUUUCCACAUUACUGUAUUAUUAUUUAUACGGCAAUUCAAGAGAUUAGGUGCAUUGAUAUCAAUCCGUGAUGAUGCUAACUGGGUUGACAAAAUUUGGGUAAUGCUUUAGUUUUGUUUAUGAGAAAAGUACACAGUGAAAUAUUUUUUCAAUAUUAGAAACUGCAUAUCACUAUCAAUGAAUUAGGUUUCUCGUGGUUCUAUUAUUUCACGAACUUCCAAACAUAACAUUAAUUUAAUUCAAUAAUCUGUGUACAAACGAAUAUGAAUUCGAUAAUUUAAGGAAACAUCUCGAUUUUAUCAGUGUUAUUCUUUUGAAACAAACAAGUUAUUUCAGUCUAGUUCCAGCUCGUGUUAUAAUGUUUGUGACACAUCAAUUGUCCAUUGAAGAGGUUAACAAUUUGCUUAGUGAGAGUUUUGUUAGAAUUUUUGGAAACAUUGUGGAACACUAUCCAGCCGCUGCAAUUAGUAUUUUGAAAUGCAGGCCUUUUAGUGAUGCCAAUUCCUUGGUACAAGCAAUAUAUGACGUUUUGGAUACUUUGAGGGUCAAUGAAAAAGAAAGUAUCCUUCAGCAAUAUCCCGACAUAUUCGAUAGUUUGUUUGCUUGUUACCGACCAGUGAUAUUAGAAAAAGAAGCUGAAGAAAUAUUCAGUGGAACGAGUCAACUCAGCGCCGAAGAUAAGAGGAAACUAAUGGAAUUGAAUGCACGAUACAAAGAAAAGUAUGGAUUUCCAUUCAUCAUUGGAACUAAAAAAAACAAUGUGUACAAUGUUUUUUCAGAAAUUAUGUUGAGACUUCAGAAUAGUAGAGAAGAUGAAAUUCACAGGGCAAUAAGAGAGGUUAAGAAUAUUGUGUAUUUGAGAGUGCAUGACAUUAUUUGUUGAAUUAUAAAAUUUUUCAUUUCCUACGUUAGGUGACUGAACCCUCUUUGCACUGAUGAGUAUUUUAUAUUAUAAUUGUAACAAUUUUUUAUACUGUAUUUAAAUAUUGUUAUCAUUUUUUAAUUUUUGUAUGACUGAAGAUAUGUAAGUAUUGUUUGGAAGAAACCGCUAAGAAUACAUAAUUCAAUUAGAUAUGUUUUCUAUACA